GACUACGCCGCCUGUACAAUACCUGACGCCAACCUAGCCAACGAGGUCGCUUCCUUCUCCACCAGUGGGAGCCCUGACAUGUACUACUGGCGGGACAUGGCGGGUAGAGCGUGGGAGGCGGAGGUGGCCGACCAGGAGAAGACGCUGGCAGUGCUCGCUAACGUGUUUCCCUUCGACGUGCGAGGAAUGAAAGCACCGCUGCUGCAGAGCGGCGGAGAUGUACAGUUCGCUAUGAUGGAGAACCGACUCCUGAGUUACGACAUGUCGCUGCCUAGCAUGCAGGUGGCGCCACCGCUGUGGCCGUACACGCUCGACUACCGGUCCGGCCAGGAGUGUUCUAUUCCUCCCUGUCCCACAGGCUCUCACCCAGGUUUGUGGGAGGUCCCCCUGGUGGACUGGAUAGACACUAACGACACGCUGUGUAACAACGUCGACGCUUGCUAUUUCCCCGCUGACAAGGAGGAAGCGCUGACGCUGCUACGAUCCAACUUCCAACGACAUUACAACAGCAACCGCGCUCCGCUGCCGCUAGUACUGAGACCCAG